AAGCACCCGCCAGUGCGCGGAGAGCGGCGGCCGUCCCCUCCCGGCAUCGCCUCUGGUCCUCAGCCGCCUCGCACAGAACCCCGAGGGCCCGCUCCUGCGUGAGAGCCCCACGCAACACGACAGCCGCCAUGAGAGCCGCCGGACGGCUGUCACAGCCAGCGGAGCCGCCGGCCCCAGCGCCCCAGCUCCCUCCCGCCGCUCGCCGAGGUUCCAGUCCCCUCCGGCCGAGCAGCUCCGAGCCACACCGGGCGCAGCGAGCGCUUACGCCUCGCGAAGGUGAGGCUUCCCCAGCGCCGCAGCUCCCCCUGGGCAGCGGCUUCCCUCCCCGGCACGCCUGGGCGCUCCCCGAGCUUCCCCCACCUCAGCCCCCCGGCUCUGACGGGCGCCGAGAUGACGGCUGCCCCUCUCACACGGCCGCGGCACCCCACAGCCCGCUCCCCGCCUCUGCCCACCCGCACCGCCGCCUCGGGGCCGGGAGCGGGGCAGGCAGCGCCCAGCAUCCCGGCCCACGGCCCCGCAGCCUCACCAGGGGAAGGCCGCCAUCUUGGCGCCCCGUCACAUGAUGCAGGGGCCGGGCAGCGCCUUCCGCCGCCAUUUCCCGCCCCGCCCCGCCGGCCCCGGGCUCCCGCUGCGGACCGGGGCCGGGUCGGAG